AUGAAGGUUGUUGCCGCGUUCUUGCUCGCUGUUUUGAGCGGAAAAGCUUCCCCAACCAGUGCCGAUAUCAAGACUAUUCUCGGAUCAGUGAAAGGGAAAGAUUUGGCGGAGGUUAUUGCUUCUGGAAGGGAGAAGUUAGCUUCAGUGCCGUCUGGUGGUGGUGGUGUUGCGGUUGCUUCUCCUCCAUCUGGUGGAGGAGGUGGUGGUGCUCCUGCUGCUGAGCCCAAGAAAGAAGAGAAGAAGGAAGAGAAGGAAGAAUCCGAUGAUGACAUGGGUUUCAGUCUAUUCGAGUAA